AUGGCAUCCAGCGCGUUUCAGUUUGCCGAGGGCGAGGAUGCGCAGCAACUUGCCCGAGACGCCGAUGCUUUAUUGCAGCAGGGCUGGGCGCAGGAUGGAGACGGGAUGGGGGUCAUGAAAACCUUUCAUUUUAAGAGCUAUUUCAAGGCUGUGGCGUUUGUUAAUAUGAUUGCAGCCGAGAGUGCAUCCAAGAAACAUCAUCCCACUAUGACAGUGCGGAUUGGCUCGGUCGAUGUGCACUGGACAACCCAUCGCCCACGAGGAUUCACCCAAAAGGAUGUUACAAUGGCACAACAUUGUGAUCAGGGUGCGGGUCUGAUGGGUGCUGUUGAUCCAGGUCAGGGACUGAAAUGUGGUCCAGCUAAUUGA